AUGUCGCCGCCGACGCCGAGAGAAGACGUUCCGUCGGAGCCCGCGCCCAUCUCGAAAGGAGGGACGUACAACAUCCAGACCGUCUCCGUGGGAUGCAAGAUCUACAUACGCAGGCCAGGUCCGGAUGGCCAGGAAGAAGAGCGGCUCGCUGAGAUCCUCUCGAUCCGCGAAAAACCGCAGAACCGCUACUCCCGGCGCAAGCCGCAGGAGCAGGAGGAGGCGCAGCCCGAGAAGCCCGAGGACAAGCUCGAGUACUUCGUCCACUGGGACCAGUUCAACAAGCGUCUCGACGAAUGGGUGUCUGGCUCGCGGCUCAUCCUGACCAGGGACCUGGAGUGGCCGCGGCCGAAGGCUCCUCCCGUCCCGAAGAAGGCGGCGCCGUCCAAGGUGCCCAAAGUACCGAGCAAGGCAAGCAAGGCGCCCAAAGCACCCGGAAAGACCCCUCGAGCUGCACCUCCUUCGCUCCUCAAGAAAGCCUCACUCAACGCUGCGUGGGCCGCUGCGCCCGCCACCCCCGCCACUCCCGCCACUCCGACGCCUGCGCCACAUAGUCCUUCGCCAGCUCCGGGCACCCCUCUCAAACGGAAAGCUCCUCAUGACGAAGACGAAGAACCAGAGGGCGAUGACGAAGAUGCCGAGGGCAGCAUCGACGCGGAUGGCGAGCCAGACGAUGACGCCGACGCCGACGCCGACAGUCAGAUGGACGUGGACGCAGAGGGCGAGGCGGAGGACGAGACGUUCGAGCUCAGCCUUACCGGCGCUCCGACGGAAGAGCCGCCUCCUCUGGCCGCGUUCAGCAAGGAGAAGGAAAUCGAGAAGCUGCGCACGCAAGGAUCCAUGACCCAGAGCAUCUCCGAGAUCGCGCGAGUGAAGAACCUGAACAGGCUCCAGAUCGGCAAGCACGAAGUCGAGGCCUGGUACUUCAGCCCGUACCCCCAGGAGUACGCGCAUCUGCCGCUGCUGUACAUUUGCGAGAUGUGCCUGUCGUACUUCCCCUCGGAGUUCAUGCUCGGCCGGCAUCGCAAGCGAUGCAACCUACUGCACCCGCCGGGAAAUGAGAUCUAUCGACAUGAGGACAUUUCGUUCUUUGAGCUCGACGGCAAGCGGCAGCUGACGUAUUGUCGCAAUCUGAGCUUGCUCUCCAAAUGUUUCCUUGAUCAUAAAACAUUGUACUACGACGUCACACCCUUCCUGUAUUAUGUCAUGUGUCAACGCGACUCCACCGGCUGCCAUAUCAUUGGCUACUUCUCCAAAGAAAAGGAAUCGGCGGAGAACUACAACGUCGCGUGUAUUCUCACCCUGCCUCAGCACCAACGACACAGUUACGGCAAGCUCCUCAUCGAGUUCUCGUACGAGCUCAGCAAAAAGGAAGGCAAGCUCGGCAGCCCAGAGAAGCCACUUUCCGAUUUGGGCCUGCUUAGCUACCGCUCGUAUUGGGCCGAGACCAUCGUCGAACUUCUUGUGAACAGCGUGAACGAGGAACUCAGUAUCGAUGACAUCGCGCAGAGGACGUCCAUCACGCAUGCGGAUAUCAUGAACACAUGCACGACCUUGCAGCUGUUCAAGCAUUACAAGGGUCAGCAUGUCAUCUCGCUAUCGGAUGCGGUGUUGGAGCGACAUAAGAAAGCCCGGGAGAAGAAGCGGCGACGCAUCAACCCGGACAAGCUGAUAUGGAGACCGCCGCAGUUCACGAGGGAGCAGCUACGCUUUGGGUUCUAG